AUGGAGCAAGAGGGCCCCAAGAAGAAGAGAGAAGGGAGGCUGACGCUUGUGCUGGCCUUGGCCACCCUGAUCUCUGCCUUCGGGUCCUCCUUCCAGUAUGGGUACAAUGUGUCUGUGGUCAACUCCCCUGCCGAGCUCAUGAGGCAGUUCUACAAUGACACCUACUAUGACCGAACCGGCGAGCUCAUCGAUGAAUUCCCCCUGACCUUGCUGUGGUCCGUGACCGUGUCCAUGUUCCCCUUCGGAGGUUUCAUCGGAUCCCUUCUGGUCGGCCCCUUGGUGAACAGAUUUGGCAGAAAAGGAGCACUCCUGUUCAACAACAUCUUCUCCGUGGUGCCCGCCGUCUUGAUGGGGUGCAGCGAGAUCGCCAAGUCCUUUGAGCUUAUCAUUGUCUCCAGGCUGCUGGUGGGCAUCUGUGCAGGUGUGUCUUCCAACGUGGUCCCUAUGUACCUGGGGGAACUGGCCCCCAAGAACCUGAGGGGUGCCCUUGGCGUGGUGCCGCAGCUCUUCAUCACCAUCGGCAUCCUCGUGGCCCAACUCUUCGGCCUCCGGAGUAUCCUUGCCAACCAAAAAGGUUGGCCCAUUCUCCUGGGGCUGACGGGCAUCCCCGCGGCACUGCAGCUCCUCACCCUGCCCUACUUCCCCGAGAGCCCCAGGUACCUGCUGCUCGGGAAGAAGAACCAGGAGGCCGCCAGGAAGGCCCUGCAGAGGCUGCGUGGCUGGGAUGAGGUGGACGAGGAGCUGGAAGAGAUCCGACGGGAGGACGAGGCCGAGCGGGCCGCGGGCUUCGUGUCGGUGCGGCGGCUGUGCAGCACGCGGGCGCUGCGCUGGCAGCUCAUCACCGUCGUGGCCCUCAUGGGCGGCCAGCAGCUGUCGGGAGUGAAUGCGAUUUACUACUACGCAGACCAGAUCUACCUGAGUGCCGGCGUGAAGAGCAAUGACGUCCAGUACGUGACGGUCGGCACCGGGGCUGUAAACGUACUGAUGACCAUCUGUACCGUGUUUGUCGUGGAGCUGUUGGGGAGAAGACUGCUCCUCCUCCUCGGCUUCUCCAUCUGCUUCGCUGCCUGCUGCGUGAUCACAGUCGCACUGGCCCUGCAGGACACGGUCUCCUGGAUGCCUUACCUCAGCAUUGCCUGCGUCAUCAUCUACGUCAUAGGACAUGCCAUCGGGCCCAGCCCCAUCCCGGCCCUGCUCAUCACGGAGAUCUUCCUACAGACCUCGCGGCCAGCUGCCUUCAUGGUGGGGGGCAGCGUCCACUGGCUCUCCAACUUUGCUGUGGGCCUGGUCUUCCCGUUCAUUCAGGCGGGCCUCGGUGCAUACAGUUUCAUCAUCUUCGGUGUCAUCUGUCUGCUCACCACCAUCUACACCUUCAUGAUCGUCCCCGAGACCAAAGGCAGGAGCUUCAUCGAGAUCAGCCAGACAUUCAACAAGAUGAACAAGGUCUCAGAGGUCUCUCCCCAGAAGGAGGAGUCUCUUGCAGUCUCUUCCAGUUUCUGAGUAGCCUCCCGGAGAGAGGCCCGUGGCACACCAAGUGGAGCUUUCCC